AUGGAUACAGUCAUGACCAACCUACCCCCAAAAGUGGGAACCAUCCUGAUGGAAAACAUCUCAAUCAUCGAGAUUGUAUCCAUGUUUUCGAUCGGCGCAUACAAUGCCCUAGAAACGGGGAUCGUCACAUUCGAUGUCUUUAAGCACUACCGCGGCCUGUAUUUCUGGAGCAUGCAGGUCGCAUCCUGGGGCAUCCUAGUGCAUGCCAUCCCUGCCAUGACCCGCUUCGUUUCUCAAGCACCCAAUCUCCCGAUGUCAAUCCUCUUCAUGAUCGGAUGGUACGCCAUGGUCACCGGUCAAGCUGUCGUGCUCUACUCGCGCCUGCACCUCGUCGUAUCCGACAUGAGCAAGGUGCGGUGGGUGCUAUGGAUGAUCAUUACGAACUUUUUCAUCCUCCACGUCCCAACGACCGUCCUAUUCUUCGGCCUCAACUACGGCGGCGCACGCUUCGCUCGCCCGGCGGCGAUAUACGAGCGGAUCCAAGUGACUGGCUUCUGCGUGCAGGAUCUUGUCAUCUGCGGUAUCUACAUUCAUGAAGCGGGGCGCGCUCUCAAGCCUAUCAUCAAAGUGCGCGGUCGCGAAGGCCGCAAAGUCAUCAUCCACCUACUCUGGGUCAACAUUCUCGUCGUAUUCCUGAACAUCCUACUCCUUCUCACGGAGUACAAGCUACACUACAUCCAAGUCAGUUUCAAGACGGUGGUCUAUAGCAUUAAGCUGAAGCUGGAGUUCGCCGUGCUCAACCGUCUUCGCUCGCUCACGCGGACCAACCCCUGUGUCUGCCAGCAGGAACCCACGCAGCGGCGCCGAUCAAGCGAUAUGAAUCUCUUUGACAUUAUUUCUACGCCUUCACGGGUCGCGUCAGAUGUUGGAACACCGGAAUUUGCUCCAGGGGGAAUGCCAUAUCUUCCUUCGCGGCCUAGCAGCAUCCAUGGAUAUCACCAGACACUACGCGAGACAGCCAACGAUAGCAGCAUCCCCUCAGGGGACAUUUCUUCCUCACCAACCGUCUCAGGAUACCAUCUAAACCGCACCCCAGGCAGCUCGUCGGAAACCCUGUCCACACUAGAAUUGAAUUUGCCGAAGUUCUCACCAUCCUUUGAUGAUUGA